UGUGCCUCUUACUCCAUACUGGGCAAAAAUGGCCCCUAAAGCAGGUGAUAAACCAAAAGCUGCGGCUCGUAUGGUCACCAAGAAAAUUGGUGGUGACAAAAAUGGUGGUGAAAGGACAGUUAGAGCUAAACGCUUGCCGCGAUACUAUCCCACUGAAGACAGGCCUAGGAAGUUGUAUAAUAGAAAGAAGGCUUUCUCACAGCACAAGUCAAAGCUGAGGUCAACAAUCACACCUGGAACCAUCCUCAUCUUGGUUGCUGGCAGGCACAAGGGAAAGCGUGUAGUCUUCUUGAAGCAGUUGAACUCUGGACUACUUCUUGUAACAGGUCCAUUCCACCUGAAUGCUUGUCCAUUGAGGAGAAUUAACCAGAUGUAUGUGAUCGCCACAAAAACAAAAAUUGACAUUAAAGACAUCAAGGUUCCAGAUCGUGUCAAUGAUGAAUAUUUCCGUCGUAAGCAGUUGAGAAAACCCAAACAUGCUGAAGGCGAAAUCUUUGAUACAAAGAAAGAGGAGUACUCUGUCAGUGAUGAGAGAAAAGAGGACCAGAAAGUCGUAGACAAACAGGUCCUUGAGGCCAUCAGAAAAAACGCUGAUAAGAAAUAUUUAUUUGGAUAUCUUGGAGCUAUGUUCUCGUUAGGCAGCAAACAGUACCCACACAAAAUGCUGUUCUAAAUGUUUUGUCAAUACGAGCUAAAUAAAGAGAAAAAACUAG